GUGCUGUGCUCUCUUUUGCUUGCCAUGACUCCUGCCAAGCAUGGUGCCAGAUCAUCAACGUGUCUGAAUCCCGCUCUUCUCUCCUCACCUCUAUGGAUGGGACUCUCAUUGAAACAAACCAGAGCAUUUCCACACCUUCUGGAAGCAGAUAUCGCCUCUACAUUGGCUUGGCUUUGGCGAUAGGUUCCAGUAUCUUUAUUGGUUCUAGUUUCAUACUAAAGAAGAAAGGACUUUUGAAACUGGCAGACAAAGGAGUUCCCCGAGCUGGACAAGGUGGAUAUUCUUAUUUGAAGGAAUGGCUUUGGUGGGCUGGAUUGCUAUCAAUGGGAUUAGGAGAAGCUGCAAACUUUGCUGCCUAUGCCUUUGCACCUGCAACCCUAGUUACCCCCUUGGGUGCACUGAGUGUUCUCAUAAGUGCUAUAUUGUCAUCCUAUUUUUUAAAUGAGAAGCUGAAUAUUCAUGGAAAGCUGGGCUGCGUACUGAGCAUUUUAGGGUCAACAGUCAUGGUUAUUCAUGCCCCUGAGGAGGAGGAGGUCACCUCACUAGAUGAGAUGGAAAGAAAGCUGCAAGAUCCAGCAUUUGUUACGUUUGCUGUUCUCCUAACAGUUGUUGCCCUCAUGCUGAUUUUUAUUGUGGCUCCAAGGAGAGGUCAGACAAAUAUACUGAUCUACAUUUUAAUUUGCUCACUUAUUGGUGCCUUCUCUGUCUCAUCUGUGAAAGGCUUAGGCAUUGCCUUUAAACAAAUGCUGGAGCAGAAGCCAGUUUAUCGACAUCCAUUGGUUUAUGUUUUGGUGGGCAUCUUAGUGCUCUCAGUCAGCACUCAGAUCAACUACCUCAACAAAGCGUUGGACGUAUUCAAUACAUCUCUAGUGACACCUAUUUAUUACGUGUGUUUCACCACGACAGUUGUGACAUGCUCCAUCAUCCUGUUCAAGGAGUGGAGUAGCAUGGACCUGAGUGAUAUCAUUGGAACCCUGAGUGGAUUCUUCAGUAUCAUCAUAGGCAUUUUCCUAUUGCAUGCUUUCAAAAAUACUAAUAUCACCUGGAGUCAGUUGAUGUCUACUGUUGCCAAAGAACCAUCAUUGCCACACCGGGAAUACGAAACCUGUCACACUUUACUGGAGAGCAUGGAAGACUCAGCUUUGGCGUAUGAGGAGGACAACGUUUUAUUCAGUCAAUGA